AUUACGAUAUCUCAAUCAUUCACUUUAUUCCUUCCAGGCGGUUCUCCAUGAUUGAGAGUUGUAGAGUAAUCAAAACCCUUGUGUUUUUCUUCAAUACUUUUUACAACACUCUAAAAAUUUCUCUGUUUUGGGAAGUGAGAUCUGAUGAUUCUACCCGUGUUUAAGCUAGGCACACUUGCCUUGAAAUCUUUCUGCAAACCCAUCGGCAAUCGCAUCAAAAAGGAGGCUGGAUAUCACCCAAGGUUCCGAAAUUUCAUCAUCAACAUUGCCCAGGCAAAUCAUAGAUUGUCAACUAAAUUGCAAAGACGUAUAUAUGGUCAUGCAACUGAUGUGGCAAUUCGCCCAUUAAAUGAAGAUAAGGCAGUUCAAGCUGCUGCUGAUCUUCUAGGUGAACUCUUUGUGUUCUCGGUCGCUGGAGUGGCCGUUAUCUUUGAGGUGCAAAGAAGUUCCAGAUCUGAAGCUAGAAAGGAGGAAGUUCGGAGGCAGGAACUAGAGGCAUUGAAGCAGCGAGAUGAAGAGCUGAGUAGAGAGAUUGAGUUCCUCAAGAACAGAAUUGAUGAAGUGGAGCGACAUGCCAAAACACGAGGAUUAAGUAGUAUUUUUAGCACCGGUCUUGCAGAAAGUACCAAGGAUAAAGUAAAAGCUGGUUGAUCUUCCGCUAGUGUUGUGCUAACAUACACAUUUAGUUUCUGGAAGUAAAGAAACAUAAAGCAACUCUGACAAAAGGACGAUGUUCGGGACAUGUAAGUUCGACAGAUCAAAGCCUAAGAAUACUACUAACCAAAAUGGGUAUCCAUGGUUUGCAGCCUUUGGCCUAUGAAUAAAAGGCAACAUAUCAUCUUGUAACCGAAUCGCAUAUUUUGGAGAAGUUUUGCACCUAGCCAUUGAGGCAGUAUUGAUGACAAUUUUACUUGUUUGGCUUUCAGUUAUAAGAAUUGUUAUUAAAAGUU